AGUAUAAACUGAUGGGAUCUGAGCUAGUGAUAACUUGCCCAAGAAAGGGAUCUUGGAAUUGUGGUGAACAGCUUCAUUAAAAUGUCAUCCCAGUGUGAAAAAGGCAAACUCCAUAUUAUCCAAAAUUAGGAAAAGAAUUGAAAAUAAAACUGCCAAACCCAUAUGCAUAUUAAUGUUAUGACUGCACUUCAACAGUACAUAGUUAAGCUGAGGAAUUCACUUUCACAAGAGGUGGUGAUAGCCACCAAUUUGGAUUACUUUAAAUGCAUUCCUGGAGGAGAAUGCUAUCAAUGACUUCUAGUUCUGAUGGAAAUAUACUGCCUGUGGACAAAGUUGCUGGGGUGGGAAGAUACAAUUGCUAGUAGGACCUUGUGGGCAGUUGCUUUGCCAUUGUAUGAAUGGAACCUAGGGUGGCAGUCUUUUUGUCCUUAUGCUCUUAUGCCUGUUGCAGAUGGAUAGUAAUGUGAGGUAAGGCUGUUAGCACAGAUAAGCCCUGUGAGCCAUGAUGUUUAUAUUAAUUUUGUCUGAUAAUUGCUUUGUAUUUGGGCAGAAUUGUGUGAAAGAAAAUAUGUGGUUAUAUGCUUUUAUAAUUUUAUAUUUGGGUUCCUUUGAGACACUUUAUACAGUAAUCAAAGUAUUGCAGAUAUAAAUAUGUUAAGUACAACAUCUGUUUGGUUAUGGAACAACACAUUUCUUGAAAGGGUUACGGUACAGCAAAAGGAAGAUUUUAAUUCAGCGCAUGGUACUUUAUGCAAUAGAACAAAAUUGGUUUCCCUUUUGAUUUUCAUUUAUGCAGAGCGUAACAGGUUAAGCAGCAUUAUACAGCAGAAAUGAUGCAUGAUUAGGUAGAAACAAUGCACUCAUUGUAUCAGUGUGAUGAAAAGUUCACUGUGUACUGUUCUGGGCAAGAAAAGAAAAGCAAAGAAAAAAGCCAGUUGAUAAAUUGGGACAAGGAGAGAUGAUCAAGUCAUGUUCUUUGGACUGAAAACCAGGAAAGAGCUGUGAAAGUGAUGAUCUUCAUGCCUGCAGCAAAAUGGCUCCAAUGCCUGCGAUGAUGCAAAGAGGUUCUUUUAUGCAGGAAAAUGAGAUUGAAGGGCUAAAGAAGCUUUAGCGAGUGAAAAAGGGUCUGCAGUUGCAGUGGUGGAGUACAGCAGACAAAUUCAUCGUGCUGUGGAAUCCUCUGGGAUACUUAUGUGAGGACCAAGCUGGAUGGAGAAGGAGGCAACUCAGAGGCAUGACUCCACGAAAUUGACAGGAUGGGUGACACUGCUGUGACUUCAAGGAGGAAGAUAGAAAGGUAGCUGCAGAUGCAACAUGAAGUGAACACUUUCUACCUGGUAAAUGACGAUAUUUGCACCAAACAAUUUGAAGCUGAUCUGCAUCAACCUGCAAAACUGGUUUCUGUUGUGAUUUAGACAGGAUGAGCAAGCUGAAGAGAGGCUUCCUGUACUGCAAAAAUACUGAUAGCUCUCCGGCUCAAAGGGAAAAUUAAGAGUACAUGCCAGUGUUUUGUUGACAUGAAAGAAGUCGUGCACUGGUCACCUAAGGAGGUGGCAGAUUGGUUGCUGGAGAUUGCUAUGCCAGAAUACUGUGAGCCACUGGAACAUUUCACUGGACGGGACUUGAUCAAUCUAACAAAGGAGAAUUUUGAGAAGCCCCCUUUGUCACGUGUGUCUUCGGACAAUGGUCACCGACUACUGUACAUGAUAGAAACUUUAAAAAUGGAGCACCACAUUGAGGCACAUAAAAAUGGGCAUGCCAAUGGCCACUUGAUCAUCAGUACAGAGGCCCCCACUAGUGAAAAUGGUUUCAGUGACAAAACAAAACCCAAUGGGAUGCCAAAUGGUUUUAGGAAGGAAAUGAUAAAAAUCCCCAUGCCAGAGCCAGAGCGUUCCCAGUACCCCAUGGAAUGGAAGAAGACAUUUCUGGCAUUUCUUUAUGCACUUUGCUGUUUAGUCUUUACAACAGUGACAAUCUCAGUUGUCCAUGAACGUGUGCCUCCCAAGGAGGUGGAACCACCCCUACCAGAUGCUUUCUUUGAUCACUUUAGCCGAGUGCAAUGGGCCUUUUCUAUCUGUGAAAUUAAUGGGCUGAUCCUUGUAGGACUCUGGUUCAUUCAGUGGCUGCUCUUGAAGUACAAGUCUAUUAUAAUCAGAAGAUUUUUUUGCAUAGUUGGCACACUGUACUUGUAUCGGUGUAUUACAAUGUAUGUAACUACACUCCCAGUACCUGGCAUGCAUUUCAACUGCUCUCCAAAGCUCUUUGGAGACUGGGAAUCGCACAUGAGGAGGAUAAUGAAGCUCCUUGCCGGAGGCGGACUCUCUAUCACAGGGGCACAUGAUAUGUGUGGUGACUACCUGUACAGUGGCCACACCGUGAUGUUAACACUUACAUACUUAUUUAUCAAAGAGUAUUCCCCUCGGCGACUCUGGUGGUACCACUGGAUUUGCUGGGCUCUCAGCAUCAUUGGAAUGUUCUGUAUUCUCUUGGCUCAUGACCACUAUACUGUCGAUGUGGUGGUGGCUUACUACAUCACUACAAGACUUUUCUGGUGGUAUCACACAAUGGCCAAUCAACAAGUGCUAAAGGAAGCUUCCCAGACGAACCUUCUUGCACGGGUGUGGUGGUACAGGCCCUUCCAGUACUUUGAAAAGAAUGUCCGAGGCAUUGUACCAUGUUCCUAUCAUUGGCCGUUUUCCUGGCAAGCACUGCAUCUAGGUAGAUAUAGCAGAUUGAUAGAUUCAACAGCAUCUAAAUACAGCAGAUUUGUGAAUGAUACAUAACAGCUACAAAAAGGAAAUGGCAAGAGAACCCUCCAAAAGUGCUAAAAACUCCCCAAGAUGAGAUGCCAUAAAAACUGAACUGUUCCUUUCCUCUACCUUUUAACUGUUACCUUGACUUAAAUCUAUUCUCUUACCUGGUUAGCACUGUGAUAUUUUUCUCUCUCCAAAGGAUCUGCGAUGGACAACAAUAAAGAAAUGGUAAAUUAUCAUGCACUGUACACAUUUCUUGUUAAUAGGUUUUGGAUUUGCAUUGCUCAUCACCAUGUUUCUUUGUAUAUGAUGCAACAGCAUAAACAAAAAAGGCUUUUAUAUCAUAAGUUCUGGUCUUUCCAGUCUCGUCUGGGAAUAAAGCAUAUUAUUUUCUUGGGAAAACAUAAUUUUCAUAUCUCUUGCCCCAAAGAUUGGGCUGUAAGCCAUUUUCUAGCAAAUGUCUAUAUGAAGGUUUCUAAAUACCUGACUGGGAUAAUAUACAGGAAUCUUUCUACCUGUUUCACUGAAUCUACAAAUGAUAGACACAGAAAGGUUUGGUAAACUUUGAUUUUGUAAAUCUGCAGUGACAGUGUCAAAUGGUGCAAAAAAUAAUUCUGUUGUAAAGUGAUUUUCUAAGUAUUUCCUAACUUUAUUUUUCAAAAUGAUAUGCGUAAAAAUAAAAUCUAAAAAGAUUUUUACAUGUCAGAGAAAUGAGUUAAAAUAAAAAAUGCUUCUUGGGAGAGAGAUUUGUCUGUUUCUAGUGCCUUUCUUGUCUUGAUAGUAUGGUCAGUAGGCAGUCUUUAAAUUUUUUUUAUUUAAAAUAAAGUAUUCCAUGAAACCAAGGUUAUAUGUAUUGUACACAUUACUAAACUUUGAUUUUAUAUCUAAAUUAAACUGGAAAUCUGCUUGCAAUGUUCAGAUGACUGAGGCAGUGGAAAAACCAAAUAUGAUAAUCAAGUCUUCACACAUUGUGGGCAGGUUAAAGUGAAAUUUGCUUCUUAAAUUAUUUUAUUGUCUACUUCAUACAUGGAUUUUAACUAUAGCAAGAAACCAGCCAUGACUUCCUUUUUAUAAGAUUUUUUUAAAUGAUCAGCAACUCAAAAAUCAAACUAUAAAAAUGUCUCAUCCCUGAAUGAAAAUAUUGUUGAAAAAAAUAAUUGAGCUCUUUAAAAUAAAAUUGUGCAGAAACUGCAUGUAUCUCUAAAAUUUCAGUCCUGCCAUACAUAUUGUGUUUGGGGGGAAGUAUUCUAUCCUAUACUUGCCAAUGUGCUGAACAAAAUAGUUUUUUAAGAAUGAAGAAGCAUAUAUAUAUCUAUAUAUCUAUAAAUAUAUAUAUUCAUUCUGUAUUUUACGUGAAGCAGAGUUAUCUUCUGUAGGGUUUUUUGUGUGUUCAAAAAGGUGAAAUUUGUAUUGUAAAACAAUAAUGGUGAAGGAAAAUAAAAAAUGGCUUUUAAACAAA